CUCUCUCUCUCUCUGUCUUUUGCUCUCAUUGUCUCUCUCUAUCUCUGUACAAAUUCAGGGAGAGGAAAAUUUCAAUUCCUGCAGAUCGAAACCAGUUUUUCUCCUCACUCCUCACUCCUCACAAAACCCACCUUCCCGCAUUUUCCCGGAAACUUUCUUUAUUUCCCGGAAAGUGAAGAAAGCAUGGGAAUUGCAAAGGGACCACUGUCUUUUGUGUCUGCUUUACUCUCUCCAGGUGUUGCAGUGACCAAACGACACCGGUUUCGUUUUAAAAACUUAUGCUUUACUGUCUGAUUUCUUUCAGAUAGUUCAUUUUUCACAGAAGUGCAGAGUGGCAAUCUCUGGGUUUCGAGACUAUUUGGAAGCUCAUAUAUAAAGCCGUAGCUUUGGCAUCACAAGGUGAACCUAUUUUUCUUUCUAUUGAUUUCUGCGAAAUUGUAAGUGGGUUUUGAAUUUCUUAGGUAUUUUGGGCAUAUUGGAAUCUGGGUUUUUGAAAAAAUGGGGGUUUUAGUUGGUUUCUGUGAGUGGGGUUUGAGAUAUUUGAUUGGUGAAAUUUUGAUGAUUUGAAUGUGGAUGGACCCAAAGGGUUGGUAGGAGUGUAACUUUGAAGAGCAAAGUGAAUGAAUGUAGCUAGUGCAAGUGUCAAAUCUAUAUGCUGUCAUGGUUUUUCUGGUGAUUUGAGCUUUUGAAAGUGAGAGAAACUGGGUUUCAGUGAAUUUCCAAGAUGGGUUUUCGAUAAUUUGAGGCGGCUCGGGCAAAUUCAUAGUCGGGUUCAUUCCGUAGUUUUAUUGGUGUAGUAAAGCUGAGAUCUUUGGAGAAUUUGGACCAAAGGAGUGACAUCGAUGUCAGGAGCUCCAAGAGUAAGGUCUAUCAAUGUGGCCGAUUCAGAGUCAAGGCCAGUGCUUGGACCUGCUGGGAACAAGGCAGGGACGUUCAGUGCGCGAAAACCGGCUUCAAAACCACUGAGAAAGGCUGAGAAAUUCAGCGAGGAGGUUUCAUCAGCUGAAGAGAAGAAAACCCAUCAAUCUCCAAUGCUGACUACCUCUCCUCAACCGCAUUCACCCAAGGUUCAUUCAGUGCUUCGUCGGCACGAGCAGCUAUUGCACUCUAAUUUUUCGCUGAAUGCUUCUUGUUCAUCAGAUGCCUCUACGGAUUCGUUUCAAAGUAGAGCAUCUACAGGUAGGCUGAUUCGGUCAAAUAGUGUAGGGAGUAGGAGGAAGCAGUAUGUUUCAAAGCCAAGAAGUGUGGUUUCUGAUGGUGGAUUGGACUCUCCUCCUGAUGGUUCACAGUCUAAGAAGAGAUGCGCUUGGGUGACGCCAAAUGCUGAUCCAUGUUAUGCUGCUUUUCAUGAUGAAGAAUGGGGGCUUCCAGUACACGAUGACAAGAAACUGUUUGAGCUUCUGGUCCUAUCAGGUGCUUUGGCCGAGCUUUCAUGGCCUGCCAUUUUAAGCAAAAAGCACAUCUUUAGGGAAGUUUUUGCAGAUUUUGAUCCCAUUGCCGUCUCAAAAUUGAAUGAGAAGAAGCUUAUAUCACCAGGAAGUGCUGCAAGUUCCCUAUUGUCUGAACUGAAAUUGCGUGCUAUCAUUGAGAAUGCACGUCAAACAACCAAGGUCAUAGAGGAGUUUGGGUCAUUUGACAAGUACAUCUGGAGCUUUGUGAAUAACAAGCCCAUCGAGAGCCGAUUCAGGUAUCCUCGGCAGGUUCCGGUUAAAACUCCAAAAGCAGACGUCAUAAGCAAAGACCUUGUGAGAAGAGGGUUCCGGAGUGUCGGGCCCACUGUCAUUUACUCCUUCAUGCAGGUCGCCGGAAUCACAAAUGACCAUCUCGUUAGUUGCUUCAGAUUCCAGGAAUGUGUUAACGCUGCGGAAGGGGACGGAGAGAACGGCGUCAAGGACGAGGCUGGGAAGAAAACGGAGAACGGGAUAGAAUCAGAGUUAUCCGUCGCCAUAGACAAGCUGAGUUUCUCGUCGGACUUAUGAAAGGCCAUGCCUUUGAUCAGCUCAGCAGGGUUCAAUCAUCAGUUAAGCCGCAUCGACCGAUUCAGAGCUACUCUUUGUAUUGAGUAGUAGUGAAGAGGGUUAUGUGUGUAAUUAAUGAAAUUCUGAAGCAAAAUAUGGAUUUUGGCAAUGUAGAUUACUGAAGUGGAUUAAAAUUAAACUGGUGAUUGUGCUGUUGCUUGA